CGUAAUCUUGUGUAAACUGUGGAGCUGCGACCAGCCGGACCCCUGAGGGUCGAUGGAGGUUAAUGAUUACAGGAGCUGUGCUUAUUUCUAGAUCAGCCUGCAGAUCCUCAGACAGACGGACGGACGGCGGCUCACAGGAACCAUGUCUGCGCAGCGCGUCUGUGUCUCAGACUUUGAGGAGGAAGCCAGGCGGGUUCUUCCUAAAGCCGUGUACGACUACUACCGCUCAGGAGCCGACGGCCAGAGCACGCUGGCCGACAAUGUGGCCGCCUUCAACAGGUGGCAUCUGGUGCCGCGCGUGCUGAGGGACGUUUCCGUGGUGGACCUGUCCGUCUCUGUGCUCGGUCAGAGGCUCAGCAUGCCGCUCUGCGUCGGAUCCACCGCCAUGCAGAGGAUGGCUCAUCCUGCAGGAGAGACCGCCACCGCUAGAGCAUGCAAAGCAGUAGGGACGGGAAUGAUGCUGAGUUCCUGGGCCACCUCCAGCAUAGAGGAAGUGAUGUCAGCGAUGACAUCAGCACCAGGCAGCGGGGGGGUCCUGUGGAUGCAGCUGUACAUCUACAAGGACCGGGAGCUCACGCUGUCCUUGGUGCGCCGCGCCGAGGAGGCCGGAUACAAGGCGGUCUUUGUUACCGUGGAUACGCCCUACCUGGGGAAGAGGCUGGAUGACGUGCGCAACCGUUUCAAAAUGCCCCCACAUUUAAGGAUGUCCAACUUCUCCUCUUCCUCCCUCUCCUUCUCUGAGGACGACUACGGUAACGACAGCGGCUUGGCGGUUUAUGUGGCUAACGCAAUAGAGCCGGCGCUCAGCUGGGAUGACAUCACCUGGCUGAAGAAGCACACGCGCCUCCCUGUGAUCGUUAAAGGCAUUCUGAACGGUCAGGACGCCGUCCAGGCGGUGAACUAUGGGGUCAGCGGCAUCCUGGUGUCCAACCACGGAGCUCGGCAGCUGGAUGGUGUUCCUGCUACGCUGGACGUGUUGGAGGAGGUGGUGAUGGCCGUGGGGGGGCGCUGCGACGUCUACAUGGACGGAGGAGUGAGGAGGGGGACGGACGUCCUCAAGGCGUUGGCUCUGGGAGCUAAGGCCGUCUUCAUCGGCCGCCCCGUGCUGUGGGGGCUGGCCUGCCAGGGAGAGGACGGCGUCAUCGAGCUGCUGGAGCUUCUGAAGGAGGAGCUCCGCCUGGCGCUGGCUCUAUCAGGUUGUCGGUCUGUCGCCGAGGUGAGCCGGUCCCUGGUGAGGAGAGCGGACUGCACCUCACGGAUGUGAGGAGGCCUCAGCAGGACUCCCGAUGACAUCACCAGUUUGGGGCGUAACGAGGCGUCGAUGACACGAUUAACGAUGCUAAACUAAAACAUUCAUCAUUUGAUCUGAUAAUUAAGAGAAACUGUUUUUGAUUGAAAUAAAAUGAUCCAAUCAUG